AUGGAUACUGAGUACUCUCUGCGCCAGCUCUCCUUUUCCGGCGCAGUCCUCGUGGCCGGCUACCUCACGGUGCGCGUCAUCCUCCCGCCGAACCGCACGCCGGCGGACCGGGCGUGGCGGACCGACUCGCUCUGGUUCGCGCGCAGCACCGUCUUGGUCAACCUCGCGGCGGCCGCCAUGUCGCUUCUCAUCCUCUACCACGCCGCGCUGGCCGCGGCCCCCGCGGCGACGCGGGCCAGGCUCCUCUGCCCGGCGGGCGGCGACGCGCAGCGCAACCCGGCGCUCUUCACCUGGACGCCGCUGACGGCGGCCGCGCUGCUCGCCAUCCUGGUCGGGGCGCCGCUGCGCAUGGGCGCCUUUGGCGGCCUGGGCGAGAGCUUCACGUUUGGGCUGACCCGGCCGCGCGGCGGGCUGGUGACGACGGGCCUCUACGCGCACGUGCAGCACCCGAGCUACACGGGCAUGGGGCUGGUGGCGGCGGCGUGCGGCGCCGUGUUCCUGCGGCUGGACGGCGGCGCCGCGGCGUGCCUGGUGCCGGCGAGGUGGUGGCCGCUCGUGCGGGAAUGGAGCGCGGCGGCGUGUGCAGGGGCUGGGCUGCUGGCGGUGCAGCAGAUGGCGACGAGGGUGCGCCAGGAGGAGGCGAUGCUGAGGGAGCUGUUUGGCAAGGAGUGGGAGGAGUGGCACGCGAGGACGAAGAGGUUUGUCCCAGGGUUGUUUUGA